GCCUCUGCCCCAAAGCUUUAAAUGCGCAGUGGUUCACGUCAUUUUCACGCGACCUCAUCUUUGUCAGUGCACAAAAUGGCGCCUUACAGCCUACUGGUGACCCGGCUGCAGAAAGCCCUGGGUGUGCGGCAGUACCAUGUGGCCUCAGUCCUGUGCCAACGGGCCAAGGUGGCCAUGAGCCACUUUGAGCCCCACGAGUACAUCCGCUAUGACCUGCUAGAGAAGAACAUUGACAUUGUUCGCAAACGAUUGAACCGGCCUCUGACGCUCUCAGAGAAGAUUGUAUAUGGACACCUGGAUGACCCAGCCAAACAGGAGAUUGAGCGGGGCAAGACAUACCUGCGGCUACGGCCUGACCGCGUGGCCAUGCAGGACGCCACGGCCCAGAUGGCCAUGCUGCAGUUCAUCAGCAGUGGGCUGCCCAAGGUGGCCGUGCCGUCCACCAUCCACUGCGACCAUCUGAUCGAGGCCCAGCUCGGGGGUGAGAAGGACCUGCGCCGGGCCAAGGACAUAAACCAGGAAGUGUAUAAUUUCCUGGCAACCGCGGGUGCCAAGUAUGGCGUGGGCUUCUGGAGGCCUGGCUCUGGAAUCAUUCACCAGAUCAUUCUGGAAAACUAUGCAUACCCUGGGGUUCUUCUGAUUGGCACUGAUUCCCACACCCCCAAUGGCGGUGGCCUGGGGGGCAUCUGCAUUGGAGUCGGGGGUGCUGAUGCAGUGGACGUCAUGGCCGGGAUCCCCUGGGAGCUGAAGUGCCCCAAGGUGAUUGGUGUGAAGCUGACGGGCUCGCUCUCCGGUUGGACCUCCCCCAAAGAUGUGAUCCUAAAGGUGGCGGGUAUCCUCACCGUGAAAGGUGGCACGGGUGCCAUUGUGGAGUACCACGGGCCUGGUGUAGACUCCAUCUCCUGCACGGGCAUGGCGACAAUCUGCAACAUGGGUGCAGAAAUCGGAGCCACCACGUCGGUGUUCCCUUACAACCACAGGAUGAAGAAGUACCUGAGCAAGACAGGCCGGGAGGACAUUGCCAAACUAGCUGAUGAAUAUAAGGAUCACUUGGUACCUGACCCUGGCUGCCAUUAUGACCAACUGAUUGAAAUUAACCUCAACGAGCUGAAGCCGCACAUCAAUGGGCCCUUCACCCCUGACCUGGCUCACCCUGUGGCAGAAGUCGGCACCGUGGCAGAGAAGGAAGGAUGGCCUCUGGACAUCCGAGUGGGUCUGAUCGGCAGCUGCACCAACUCCAGCUAUGAGGACAUGGGGCGCUCGGCAGCCGUGGCCAAGCAGGCGCUGGCCCAUGGACUUAAGUGCAAGUCCCAGUUCACCAUCACACCAGGCUCUGAGCAGAUCCGUGCCACCAUUGAGCGGGAUGGCUAUGCACAAAUCCUAAGGGAAGUGGGUGGCAUCGUCCUGGCCAAUGCCUGUGGCCCCUGCAUUGGCCAGUGGGACAGAAAGGACAUCAAGAAGGGGGAGAAGAACACAAUCGUCACCUCCUACAACAGGAACUUCACAGGCCGCAACGACGCGAACCCCGAGACCCACGCCUUCGUUACGUCCCCGGAGAUUGUCACAGCCCUGGCCAUUGCGGGCACCCUCAACUUCAACCCAGAGACUGACUUCCUGACAGGCAAGGAUGGCAAGAAAUUCAAGCUGGAGGCUCCGGAUGCAGAUGAGCUUCCCCAAGCGGAGUUCGACCCUGGGCAGGACACCUACCAGCACCCUCCCAAGGACAGUAGCGGGCAGCGGGUGGAUGUGAGCCCCACCAGCCAACGCCUGCAGCUCCUGGAGCCUUUUGACAAGUGGGACGGCAAAGACCUGGAGGACCUGCAAAUCCUCAUCAAGGUCAAAGGGAAGUGUACCACCGACCACAUCUCGGCUGCGGGCCCCUGGCUCAAGUUCCGUGGGCACCUGGACAACAUCUCCAAUAACCUGCUCAUUGGCGCCAUCAACAUCGAAAACGGCAAGGCCAACUCCGUGCGCAACGCCGUCACCCAGGAGUUUGGUCCUGUCCCUGACACUGCCCGCUACUACAAGAAACACGGCAUCCGGUGGGUAGUGAUCGGAGAUGAGAAUUACGGGGAGGGCUCGAGCCGGGAGCACGCAGCACUGGAGCCUCGCCACCUCGGGGGCCGGGCCAUCAUCACCAAGAGCUUUGCCAGGAUCCAUGAAACCAACCUGAAGAAGCAGGGCUUGCUGCCCCUCACCUUCGCUGACCCAGCCGACUACAAUAAGAUUCACCCCGUGGACAAGCUGACCAUCCAGGGCCUGAAAGAUUUUGCUCCUGGCAAGCCCCUGAAAUGCAUCAUCAAGCACCCCAACGGGACCCAGGAGACCAUCCUCCUGAACCACACCUUCAACGAGACCCAGAUCGAGUGGUUCCGUGCUGGCAGUGCCCUGAACAGGAUGAAGGAACUGCAGCAGCACUGAGGUCCGGCUCCACACCCUGCCCGCCUGCUCCUUGGACCCGGGGCCGGGGACCCCAGUGCAGCCCGCGCAUCAUCAGAACUGGAUCCACCCCGAUCCAGCCAGGGCUUCCUGCUCCAAGAUGGUGUGCUCAGCCCGCCGAGUGACCCACAGUUGGGGGGGGGGGUUCUUAAAAGAAUGUUCCAGCCCCCCUGCCUUCCCAUGUUUAGUCUGAUUCAGAUCUUGAGCAGCUCCAUUCAACUGUAUUUAUUUUUGAUGACAAGACUCCCAUCUAAAGUUUUUCUCCUGCCUCAUUUCACUGGUGGCUCAAGGAUUUUAAAGAAACUUUUGCUCUUACGAGGAAAAUAAGAAUCCAAACUCGGUGACUGUCCGUGUGUGUGAGUGGUGUCCGUACAGGGCGCGGGGCGGGUUGCUGUCGGCAGAGGCCCCCACUGGCCACGCCACAGCAGACCUGCCACUGCCACGAAGUUCAAGUGGAAAGGCUGCUUUCCCGCGUCUUCUCAGCCCCACCUUCCUGCGCCCUGGGCCAGCCUCCCCUCCCCGCGCCCCAGCAUCUGCAUGGCCCCCCUCGUGUCCUUCCCCUGGGCAUGGACUCAGCCCCCUCCCUCAAGGCUGCGGCGCCACGCGGCGGCGGGCAUCGUUCUGCAGCUGCUUCUCCCGCUGGAGCGCCGUCCCCGGGCAGGACCCACGCCCCGGUGCCCGUGGAGCAGAGGCGGCCAGAGCAGGAGGUGGGCUCCAGGGAGGGCCCUUCCUCAGCAUGAGACUUGCCUGACAGAAACUCGGUGUCCUGUGGGCGCCAUGAAACAAGCCUGCGGGUCCUGCGGAAGUGAGUGAAGAGGCAGGAGGAACCUGGCAGAGCCCUUGUGCUGAAUAAACAAGGUGCUGUGUGCCCUCGUCUGGGAUUUGGCGCCGCCAGCAGGCCCACGGAGUGUUCCUGGCGUGGCCGAGGUCUGAAAGUGACCACUGUCCUGCCGGGGGUGGUGGGUGGGGGAUAACACAGCUGGUCGCCAGCCCGGCCCUUGGGCCACCUAAGCCCACGGCCUCCACUUUCCUGACGGUGCUGGCUUGCCUGAGUCCAGGCCCCUGCCUUCCAAAUGCUGGUGGGGAAAAAGGCGGUUGUCCCUGAAAGGUCAAGACUUGACAACAGCUAGCAGCUACCCCAGGCCAGCCUCUCGCUCAGUUACUUUAGGGAGCCACCAAGCUUAGCCCAGAGCCCAGCCUGAGGCCCUCAACCCCCAAGUCCUGCCAUGGGGGCAGGUCACCUGCAGAAGUGACCCGGGCACAGGAAGGACAGGCGGUCCCAGCUGUGGCAGCUCGGUGACCUUAGAUCACGGAGAUAAAGGUGGCUCCUCCCUGA